AUGCCCACAACAGAUUCCGUCGACGUGAGCGAAACAGCAACCGCAAACACGACAGAGGGAGGCUCUCGCAGCAGGAACGUCACUAUCAAAAGGAAAAGAUUGUCCCAACCCGACGUCCGCAAAUCCCCAUCUAAAAUCACCAAGAAGAAACACACAAAGAAGGCUCCUCCCCGCGGCGCAGUGCGUGACUUCCCAUGCCGCCCCUGCGUCACCCGCGCCACCAAAUCGCCAGGCCAUGAAUGUGCCUCUCAGGACAAUACUGGUGCUGUAUGCUGGGACUGCGCAAAGAACGGCCACACAUGCAAGCCGGUCCCCCCUGGAGCUCGUGCUGCUGUACGAGCUUUUUGGGACCUGAACCGACGGCGCAGCGGCGCAGAUGACGAUCCGGAUGGCGCCUGGCGCGCAGCUGCACAGCGCGCAGCACAACAGUUACGAGCCUGGGGUAAUGGUGCGGCCUCUCCCGCCACUCCAGCCCAAGUUCCUGCGUUGGCUUCGUUUGGCGAGGUAGCAGAGAAAGGCCUCGAAGGGAGAAAGGUUAUAGCGCUGGAGACCAUCGCUGAGGCCAUUGCUGAGGCUGUGAAGCUGUGGAUUCUCACUCAGCGGGACGAAGAGGAGAUAGAGGAAGAGGAAGAUGAAGACGAAGGGAAUGAGGAUAAUUAA